UCUAUGUUGUGGCGAAAAACGAAAUUUGUUUGAUAUUAUUAAUUUAAAAGAUAUGAUGGUGAACUUUCGUUUCUUUUUUUUUAGACGGAACUAUAUAUUUUUGGGGGAAUCAUGCGAUAGUGUUUUUCAUGUCGAAUUCAUUGACCCUUAAUGUAUUUAGCCGAUUUUUAUUAGUUUUUACGAUAGUAUAUAUAUUGUUAGCUAUAGAAGUACGUAGCGAUUUUUUUUAUUUAAUGUAAACUUUCAUUUUUGUUAACAAUUUACAAUUUUUUAACCAAAAACUGGGUUAGUGCGCUAUUUCUACAAUAUUUGAUUAAAAAAAAAACCCUUAACCCCUCUUAAUGAGAUCUCUGCUGAAGGCAAUGCUUGGCAAACAAAAUUAAUAAAUUGCGCUACAUUUCCGCCAACGAUAACAUUGUUUUUCAUUGAAAAACGCACGAACGACCUCACGAUAAAAAAAUAAAUGGACCGUUCGGGCUGACUAGCGUAGUUCAAGUUGAAUGAAAUGUUUUUCUUUCUUCUGAAAGUCGAGCCAAAGACAAUAAAAAUGAUUAGAUGUCUGUUCUUAUGUCACCGCCGUACGAGAAUAACAGGGGACGAAAAUAAACCAUAGAUAAAGAAUAAUCCUUUAGAAUUUUCACGUUUCUCAUAAAGCAACGUGAUUUCGAUAUUUCUCAUAGCGCGUUACGAUUUUCGUAUUUUUACAAAUUUAACGAAUCGGAGGAUCACGUUCGUUCCUUUCUCAUUCGGAAGAGCACGUGGCUAAUUUACAAGUAUGAUAACAAGAAUGAUUUACGCUGUGGCCGGCCUCCCAGCAUCCGUGAUGUGUCUAAUCGAUAAAACAGCAUGCAAACAUAAUACGUAAUUAAAUCGCACGUUAUUUACAAGCGGAAUGGUACUCUUAGCUGGCGAGCGCGGUGACUAGCUUUUUCGUGAUCUCCCUUUGACUUCCGCUCUAUCAACCGUGGACGACGAUGGCGUCGCUGGGGAACAAAGCGGACGAGCAAGUCGCCAAGCCGCAGCAGAAUGGCCGGUGCAAGAGCGAGGAUCUGCAGCUCGAAGACGUCCAGGACAACAAUAACGAGAGCAUCGAAGUCGAGAUGGUGGUGCCGCCGGAUGGAGGAUGGGGCUGGGUGAUCGUCGCCGCCUCGUUCAUGUGCAAUCUCUUCGUGGACGGCAUCAUCUUCAGCUUCGGCGUGUUCCUGAACGACAUCUCCGAGGCUUUCGCUGUGUCCAAGGCGAGGGUCGCGCUGGUCGGAUCGCUGCAAUCUGGAUUUUAUCUUAUGGCUGGUCCUUUCGUGUCAGCGUUGGCCAACAGGUACGGGUUCAGGCUGGUAACGAUCUUAGGAAGCAUGAUAAGUUGCGGUGCCUUUGUCCUCUCGUACUUUAGCACUUCCAUCGAGUUCCUUUAUAUCUCUUACGGUGUCCUCGGAGGCAUCGGGGCAGGCUUGAUUUACGUGCCGGCUGUGAUAACUACCGGGUUUUAUUUUGAAAGAUGGAGAGCCCUGGCCACCGGCAUCGCGGUCUGCGGCUCCGGGAUCGGUGCCUUCUUGCUCGCACCAAUCACCGACGUGCUCGUCAAGCAAUACGGAUGGAGAGGCGCGUUGCUCUUCCAAGCAGGGAUGCUGCUGAACUGCUCCAUUUUCGGUGCGAUGUUUCGACCACUGAAACCAACGAGGAUCAAAGUGAAGUCCGCUCCAGAGAACGUUGGCUUAGAGAUGAAGAGCAGCUUGAUGGCGAAGGGAUUGUCCACGGCGUCGUUGCACUGCGUCCAACCGACCAGAAACGGUUUCUUCGGCACGAACAACAACACGGAGUAUCCGACUGCUGCCGAGCUGCUAGGCAGCAACCCCAACAUAGUAUACGCCUCCAAGUCUCUGCACUCUUUGCACAAGGUGCACGUGGAGCUGCCUGUGCUCGAGAGGAAGCUGAGCAGUUCCGAGAAGAGGAUGUCCGUCCCCAUAUACCCAGAUCUCGACGUCACCAUGGAUGAGAAGAGCAUCGAGGAAGAGAACAAUCUUCUGGGUGGCGAUGUGGAAAGACUGAACGGCAAAGUGCCCACGAUUCGCAGGCACACGAUCAGCGGGAGACGCCUGCGCGCAGACUCCGAGUGCAGCCAGAAGUCCCUCAAGGUGGGCAACAGGCGGAACAACCUCAACAAGGAUCCACAGCGACCGUUCUACAGGGACGACAUCUUCUACGGAGGAUCUCUGAACAGGUUGCCCCACUACAAGUCCCAGCAAUCGUCCGUGGGAUAUCACAUGUCCGUCACGCGUCUACCAACGGCUACAGACGUUGCCGAAGAAGAAAGCGGAAGCUGCUACCUCUGUCCUGAGAGCGUGAGGCGUAUACUUACCACCAUGCUUGACCUGAGCCUCCUGAAGAGCCCCUCGUUCCUCAUUCUGGCCAUCUCUGGCGGACUCACCAUGAUGGGCUUCUAUACACCCUUCAUGUAUGUCCCAGAUCGAGCCAAGCUGGCAGGUAUGGAGCCAUCCACAGCGAUGUUCCUAGUCUCCGUGAUCGGCAUCGGUAACACAAUCGGUCGUGUCGUCUGUGGCAUGGCCAGUAGCUUACCUGGCGUCGACGCCCUGGUCGUCAACAACAUAUUCAUUAGCACCGGUGGCAUCCUGACCAUGUGCUCCGGUCUGUCGCUCUCCCAGGGCUACCAAUUCUUCUAUGCAGCCAGCUUUGGCAUCAGUAUAUCCGUGUUCGCCUCUCUGAGAUCGAUCCUCGUGGUAGACCUCCUGGGGCUGGAGAAAUUGACCAACGCGUUCGGACUGCUUCUUCUGUUCCAAGGCGUGGCGGCUGCCAUAGGCGCGCCUAUCGCAGGUGUCUUCAUGGAUGCCACGGGGAGCUACGACGCCUCCUUCUAUCUAUCCGGAAGUUUGAUCCUCGUUUCAGCUUUGAUCUGCUACCCCCUAAAGAGGAUCAACUUGUGGGAGACGAAGAAGUGCAGCGACCCGAUCGCGGAAGAUCCGUCGAAAUCCUGAUCGAGAGCCGAAUCCGUCGAGACACCCGUAGACUGAAGUCUAUUCCUUUCGCCGUCGAGGCGAUGUGUUUGUACAUACUAAUGCGUAAUAAUUUAUAGCGAGCGCGCUCGGAUCGAUAAUUAAUCCCCGCCGCAGCGGAGUGCAUGCGAUCUACGAGCCAGCCUGAGACUACGGAACGAAAGGUCUUGGAAAUAUCAAAGGCCCAGCGCGCGUUGGAGCCAGUGCAAUAGGCCAGCCUCCGAGUUAGGCGAGUUGCCGUCCAAACGAGACUGCUUGCGUCGACCAAACCCUCUAUCGACGAGGAACGCCUCAACUCUCUACUACAUGCUUCGAACUGGGGAACUCAAUUGAAAGUGUUUCUAUAGAGUUGAGAAUGUUUAGCGUGAGUCAUUGAGAAUGUUCAGGUCUGUUGAGGGAUGUGUAGGUUGUAGGUGAGGAGUGAUUUCUUUUGGCAGGUUUAAGAGGCUAGAAUGGGGAGUCAUGCGAUAGAGGGGUAACUCUUUGCAGCACGAAGGGUGGAUGACCAUCUAGGAAAUAGAGAAAAAUGCAGCAUUGUCGUUAGUUCAAGUGACCACUUGUGCCAGUGACCACUUACUCUAGUGACCACUUUUUCCGAUCACUUGCUAGGGUGACCACUUACUCCAGUGAUCGCUGCAACAGUUCACCACCCAGUCCCCACCAGCCUACGACAGCACCACAUUUUUGUACAUCCUACGCCCUGUGUGUCUGUCCCUUUUAUCUUCCACGAGCACAGUCUCAGGGGUACUCAGAUCUUUGGGUACAUUUUUAUACAUCCUACAACCUCCGUAAUUUUUAUUUAUCCUCCUUGAGCACAGUUCCGAGGUUA